AAAUCGAACUAUCAGUCUUUAUAUAUUUUCCAAAGAACAUUGAAUAAAAAGGUGACAGCUUUGCUACAGAGUACAGAACCAGUGAAUUGAAUAGGAAAUAGGAAUCAUGUGAUUUUUGCUCAGUGUCUCAUCUCUCCUUUAUAACUAUUCAUAUUAACAAAACCUUUAUAAUUUUUCACCCACUAGUCAGUACCUCAUAUCACUGCUACUAGUCCUUUUUCUUGAGUAAUAUUCUUUCUUGGGGUUUGCAGCUUUUUAUUCUUGAGGUUUUUCAAUGGCCUCAAGUGCUUCAAGAUUCAUCAAGUGUGUCACUGUUGGUGAUGGUGCUGUUGGCAAGACUUGUAUGCUUAUUUGCUAUACUAGUAACAAGUUCCCCACUGACUAUGUUCCAACGGUGUUUGACAACUUCAGUGCUAAUGUGGUUGUUGAAGGGACCACAGUAAAUUUAGGUCUUUGGGAUACUGCAGGACAAGAAGAUUACAACAGAUUAAGGCCACUGAGCUACCGAGGAGCAGAUGUUUUUGUCCUAGCGUUCUCCUUGGUUAGUCGUGCGAGCUAUGAGAACAUACUUAAAAAGUGGAUUCCUGAGCUUCAGCAUUAUGCUCCUGCAAUUCCGGUGGUAUUAGCUGGCACAAAACUUGAUCUUCGUGAGGAUAAGCACUUCUUGGCUGAUCAUCCUGGAUUAGUUCCUGUCACCACAGUGCAGGGAGAGGAGCUGCGCAAACAAAUUGGUGCUGCCUACUAUAUCGAAUGCAGCUCUAAAACACAACAGAAUGUGAAAGCUGUAUUUGAUGCUGCAAUCAAGGUCGUCAUCAAGCCACCACAGAAGCAAAAGGAGAAGAAAAAAGAACGUCGAGGAUGCCUCAUGAAUGUGAUGUGCGGAAGGAAGCUCAUUUGUUUGAAGUGACCAACUCAAUGUAUAUACUUCCCAUCAGUUCAGCCGCUAACAUGAUUAUAUCAACGGCUUGAGUGCACUACUUACAAAACUUACAUUUCUAUGAGAACUUUUAUGACGAGCAUAACGUAUUUGUUUAUCCGCAAUCCAACUUGUUGCUGAAAUGACUAUUUUGUCUGUAAAAAAAUUAUAUACUGGGUUUUUACUGCAAUUAGAUGUGAUUAAUUCUGC